UCCGCCCAGGACCGCCGGCCACGGCCCCAUGAGGCGGAAAAGGCGCCCGCCGCGGCCCGCCGCGGCCCCUCCGCGGAGCGCCUGCCGCGGCGUCCGGAGCCUCGAUACCUUCGCGGCGGAAGCGGAGGCCGCGCUGAGAGCUUGUGUGGAGGGCGGCGAGCCGGCGGAGGGCGGCGCCGCGGCGGCGGAGCUGCCCUGCCCUCUGGCCAUGUGGGAACUCGGGCACUGCGAUCCCAGGCGAUGCACCGGGAGGAAGCUGGCGCGGAAGGGGCUGCUGCGAGGCCUGCGCCUGGGCCAGCGGUUCGCGGGGCUGGUGCUGAGCCCCGCCGCCGCCCAGCCCGUCUCCCCGGCUGACAGACAUAUCGUUGCUCAGAGUGGAAUUGCAGUCAUAGAUUGCUCAUGGGCCAAAUUGGAAGAAAUUCCCUUUAAGAGAAUGAGAGGAAAUCAUCUACGGCUGCUACCUUACUUGGUGGCUGCAAAUCCUGUAAACUAUGGCCGGCCAUACAAACUGUCCUGUGUGGAAGCUUUUGCUGCUACUUUUUGCAUUGUUGGAUUUCCAGACCUAGCCACCAUUCUUCUAAGGAAAUUUAAAUGGGGAAAGACAUUUAUUGAUUUGAACAAAAAUCUUUUGGAAAAGUAUGCAACCUGCCAUUGCCAAGAAGACGUACUAAGAGUUGAAAAGGAUUUUUUAGCCAAUGUCCAAGACACAAAAGAGGAAGAAAUAGAUCCAUUUGAUGUUGACUCAGGAAAAGAAUUUUCUAAUCCUAAUAGACCAGUCAAUGUCCCAAGAAUAGCACAAAGCAAUGAAGAAUUUGAGGACAGUGUAAGCACUCCAGAUGAGGGCAGUGAGACCAGUGAUGAGAACAGUCCAGAGGAAGAUGAUACUGCACCAGUUGCUGCACCAAGAACCAAUAAUUCAACUAUUUGAAAAAUAAAAAACCUUGUAAACAGAAUUGUAAGAUCUUAUAUAAAAAAAUUUCUUGUGAACAAUUA